AUGGUUUUGACGACUCCAACAAUCUUCGCUAUCGUCGGUCUCAUCCUUCUUGUCCUAAAGAUACUGAGCAUAGGUCGUCGCCAGAAGGACUAUCCUCCUGGGCCACCCACCAUACCUAUCCUCGGGAACAUUCAUCAGAUGCCCAAAAGAGAUGCACAUCUCCAGUUUCAGAAAUGGGCCAAUGAGUACGGUCCCAUCUAUAGUCUGAUGCUUGGUACUAGGGUCCUCAUAGUCCUGUCCAGCGACCAAGCAGUAAAAGAUCUCCUUGACAAACGCAGUUCUAUCUACUCUGCAAGAGAAGACAUGUACGUGGGUCAAGAACUCUGCAGUGGAGGCAUGCGUUUCUUGAUGAUGGUAAGUCUUUUCAGUCUCUAUAACGAUAUUAUACUAAACUUCUGUAGNGAAUAUGGUCCAACAUGGCGCUAUUUUCGCAAAAUGUGCCACGCCUUGCUCAACGUCAACGUGUCCAAGAAUUACAUCCCCUACCAGCUGCUUGAAAACAAGCAAAUGCUCCACGAAAUGCUCAUUUCUCCAGACCGUUGUCUGCAAAAUAUUCGUCGUUAUUCGAAUGCUUUAACGACGACCAUGAUCUUUGGUUGGCGGACUCCCACUUAUGAGGACGAUGCUAUGAAGCAGCUUUACGAAGGUUUCUCUGAAUUCGUGCAAAUCAACCAGACUGGAACUGCUGCACUACUCGAUUCCUUCCCUCUCUUGCGCAAGCUUCCAGACUGGAUGUUCCCUCUGCAGGCAAGGGCUAAGAAGGCGUUUAAAAAAGAAAGAGAGCUCUACGUUGGUCAUUGGCUCGCAGCGAAGAAAGCAAUGGAGGCCGGAACCAUCCGACCUUGCUUCUGUGUCGGCAUGGCACAAGCCCAGCAAGAAGAAGGCUUCUCAGACGACCAGGCUGCUUAUAUAACAGGAACUCUGCUGGAGGCUGGUAGUGAUACAACCGCAAGCACGCUUUAUGCUUUUGUGCAAGCCAUGCUGCUCUUUCCUGAGGUUCAAAAGAAGGCACAGGAAGAGAUUGAUCGUGUUGUCGGCAAAGACCGACUGCCUAACAUGGACGAUGAGCCUAGUCUGCAGUAUAUCCGAGGCUGCGUGAAGGAAAGUCUUCGAUGGAUGCCAACAACAAUCCUCGGCGCAGUUCCCCAUGCCGUUAUCCGAGAUGACACUUACAUGGGCUACAAGAUACCAAAAGGCGCAGGUGUGAUGAACAACGUCUGGGCCAUCCACAUGGAUCCCAACCGCUCGCCCGAACCGCGGCGCUUCGACCCAGACAGAUUCAAAGACGAUUUUCUGAAUUGUGCAGAUUCAGCAACUCAGCCAGAUGCUUCGAAAAGAGAUUCAUUCACUUUUGGAGCAGGCAGAAGAAUUUGUCAAGGUAUGCAUGUCGCGGAGCGUAGCCUCUUCCUCGGCAUAUCCAGAAUGCUGUGGGCCUUUGACAUUAAGCCUGUCAUCGACCCUGCAACAGGACAAGAGAUCUUGCCCGACCCUGAUAAAUUGACUCAAGGCAUCUUGGUGAUGCCUGAAGAGUACAAGGUCAGCAUUACUGCUAGAGACCAGGACAGAGCAGAUCUCGUUGAGAAGGAAUGGCGACAAGCACAAGAGUUGCUCGAUCCCAUCACCAAGCAGUGGAAGCAGACACCAGGUCUGUAA